AUGCGUUCUUUUAUUUUCGUCGCCGCUGCCGCUGCAGGCCUUGCAAAUGCCCACGAGUCAGGCACAUGGACCAGCGAUGUCACAGUCACCGCCACCUCGACCCGAACCCACACCUUCUGCCCUGUCACGCAAGCAACAACUUGCGACGCUGCCGAAUCCACUGAUGUAAGCGGUGGCCAUGGUCAUGACAUUGGUGUUAGCGUGGGGAUUGGAGCCAGCAACGCGCAAGAUGCUUGGUGGUCAAUCUGGCAGUCGCAAAAGACCAACUACGGCGUCUGGGGUGACUGGAACACGGCAUCCGAAACCGCCAGUGCCACUGCCAGCGCAACGACCACUGAUACCGGUGCAGGAAGUGGCCACGGGUCUGCCUCAACAUCCGGCUAUGGUAAUGGUGGCUCCGGAUCCGGCCCGAGCAGCAGCUACAGCUACUCGUACAGCACCUCUGGCUCGGGACCAUCUUCCAGCUGGAGCUACACCGCAUCCUCAAGCACCUCGGCAUCGGCCACUUCUACCACCAGCGCUGCGGGCUGCCCAACAUACACUCCUGCUGCCAACGAGACAUAUGAUUACUGCAACUCUGCUUCCGACCGAUCAAAGUGGUGCGAUGAGAAGAGCCUCAAGACCGACUACUAUACCACUGACUAUGAUACCGGUGUCACCCGCGAAUACACCUUGGAGAUCACGAACACCACCCUGGUCUACGACGGGACGGGUCCCAAACUCGCUCUGGCCGUCAAUGGCCAGGUUCCUGGACCUGUUAUCGAGGCCAACUGGGGAGAUACUGUGAAGGUCACUGUCAUCAACAAGUUGGCAGACAAUAGCACUUCCAUCCAUUUCCACGGUAUCCGCCAAUUCGGCAGCAACGACCAAGAUGGUGUUCCCGGUGUGACCGAAUGCGGCAUUGCUGGAAACGGUGGCUCACGCACAUACACAUGGAAGGCCAGCUCAUAUGGUACUUCAUGGUAUCACAGCCAUAUGUUUGCGCAAUACGGUGAUGGUAUCCGCGGCCCUAUCGUCAUCCACGGACCUGCUACUGCCAACUACGACUAUGAUAUGGGCACUGUCAUGAUUGAUGACACUUACACCAACACCGCUGCUGCUCAGGCCGCUGUCAUUGCCCACUUCGGGCCCGGUGGUUCCUUUAACACCCUGUUCAACGGCAAGAACAAGAACCCUGAUCCAGUCGGCCCUGGUGGCGCUCCUUUCUCGUGGGGCCUCAAGCCUUGCAGGAAGCACUUGUUCCGCAUCAUCAACAGCUCUACGCAAAACAGCUGGAUCGUUAGCUUUGACUCUCACAAGAUGACCGUCAUUGCCGCUGAUUUCGUGCCCAUUGUUCCAUACACGACCACCACCCUGAAGAUCGCCAACGGUCAACGAUACGAUGUCAUCGUCGAGGCUGACCAAACCCCCAGCAGCUACUAUGUUCGUGCCGUUAUCCAGACCGGAUGUCCUUCGGGUGGUGCCAAUUCUGGUCUGGGCACAGCCAACGCGGUCAUCAACUAUGAGGGUGCCACUCCCGUCACGCCGAUCAACAACACCCCCAUCACCAACGUUACCGCCAACGUCUGCCAGGAUGAGCCCCUUGCGUCCCUUGUGCCCUUCCUCCAGAAGUCUGGUGGCAGCGCCACAGCGUUCCAGGCAUCUGCUUCCACUGUUCCCGCUGGCUCAGUUACCUCAGUUGCGACCAACGAUGAUGGCACUGUCUUCCAAUGGUACAUCAACAACGCCGUCAUCAAUGUCAACUACAGCCAACCGACUCUUAAGACUCUGGCUGACGGUGGUUCCAACGACCUCAUCAGCAACUCUGUCAUUCUCAACCAAGCUAACACCUGGGUUUACUUCGUCAUUCAGAACCAGUUCUUUGCUUCUCAUCCUUUGCACAUUCACGGCCACGACGUUUCCGUCCUCGGCACUGGCGUUGGCACUUUCACCGCCGACAUGAUCACGACCCUCAACUUCAAAAACCCUACCCGUCGCGACACAGUGAUGCUUCAAGGUUCUGCCGGUCCAGGGAACCCCGCUGGAUAUACGGUUAUCGGUUUCGAGACGGACAAUCCGGGUGCCUGGCUCAUGCAUUGUCACAUCGCCUGGCACGUUGAUGGUGGUCUUGCUCUGCAAUUCGUUGAGCGGCCAGGCGACAUCACGACCGGCAAGUAUGUCGGCGAUGAUUUCAAGGCUGAAUGCUCUGCUUUGCAAGAAUAUCAAUCUAGCAGCCCGCAAGGCGCCAAGUUGUCUGGUCAGUCUGGCUUGAAAGCCCGUGGUUACUCUGAUGAGUUGGACUUCGGAAUGUGGAACGGUGGCGCCAAGAUGAACCUCGAGCAGUACCGCAAGCGCUACGCUCACCGUCACGCCCACUAA